AUGAAAGAUGUUAGCGUUCAAAACCAGCAGAUCACAAUCACGCACGACGAUGGAAUGACGAAUGGUCCACGAAUAAUGAUGAGUAAACAAAUCGAGAAACAGAUUGAUCCACCGUACAAGUUUGAUAAGUUGAAGUCGAACUCGAACGGAGAAGAAAAAUUUGAUCAGAAACAAGUGGCACUAGCAGCGGAAGAUGGGGAUAACACAAAUGGUAACUGUCUGCCAAAAAAUCUUCGACUAGUACAAUCUGUCGAUUUGGAACAAAAACGAAAAAUCACGGACGCUGUCGACGAUAUCAAAAACGACCUUAGUCCCAUUGUGGAAUACGCCAAAGAGCCUUUGCUACCGCUUGCUGAGGCGUGUGCUCCGCUGGACAGCAUCAUCCACGAUUUACCCUUCUACGUUCACCUAGCGCUCGAUGAAACUCCAAUUCAGCCGCCCGACGGUCUGACUAUCGACGAGAGUGCUGCGAUUCGCCUCUAUACCAUCGAGUGGGAAGGAACAAAUCGAAGUCUCUAUUCAAUGCUCAAUUAUACCCUCAAGAAUGCCGAUCGCAAGGAUCUUCGCCCCUAUUUCAAGUAUCUCAAACUGUUCGUCACUGCUCUGGUCAAACUGCCAUGCGUCCCACCGCAGACCGUCUGGCGGGGAGUAAACAUAGAUUUGAGUGCAGAUUUUCCGCCCGGCACCCUGGUAACAUGGUGGGGGUUUUCAUCGUGCACGUGUGCGCUGACUGUGCUAGAGAACGACACGUAUUUGGGCAAUUCGGGCGAACGGACGCUCUUCUCUGUCGAAGCCAUCAACGGUCGAACAGUACGUGCUCAUUCGCAUUUUGUUACUGAAGAUGAAAUUCUUCUUCUGCCCGGCACCUACAUGGAAGUUCAAUCACAAUUUAGUCCGGCGCCCGAUCUGCACAUCAUUCACUUAAAACAAAUACAACCGGUCGAAACACUUCUCGAACUUCCGUUCGAAGGUGCUCACCUCUAUCCACCAGAGAAGAAAAAAGUGCCGUGGUACAAGAAACGACGGAUAAUCUGUGAACUUAGCCUGCUGGUCAUUCUUUGCCUUAUCGGCAUCAGUGUUGGUUUAGUGCUCGGCACAAGACGUUCGUUACCAUCGACAUGUACUCCCAGAUUCCUAACUGGUGUGAAAUAUGCCACUGCAAGAUAUCCAAUUUCCGUGACAACAGCUGAUUUCAACGGUGAUCACAGAACUGAUUUAGUUGUUGCAAAUUAUGAUGAUCCCAUCGUCAGUAUGUUUCUCGGUAACGGGGACGGGACAUUUCAAACUCAAAUCACGUAUGCCACUGGACCGUUUCCAAUUUCUGUGACAACAGGUGAUUUCAAUGGUGACAAAAGAACUGAUUUAGCUGUUGCAAAUUCUGGUGAUAACACUGUCAGUAUACUCCUCAGUGACGCCGACCAAAUAUUUCAAAGUCAACUCACAUACACCACUGGGAGUUCUCCAUAUUUUGUGACAGUAGGCGAUUUCAAUGGUGACAAAAGAACUGAUUUAGCUGUUGCAAAUUCCCGCGAUAACACCGUCAGUAUACUCCUCGGUAACGGGGACGGGACAUUUCAAAUUCAAAUCACAUAUGGCACUGGCCGGUUUCCAAUUUCUGUGACAACAGGUGAUUUCAAUGGCGAUAACAAACCUGAUUUAGCUGUUGCAAAUUCCGUCGAGAGCACCGUCAGUAUACUCCUGGGUAAUGGUGACGGAACAUUUCAAAGUCAAGUCGAAUAUAACACCGGGAAUUCUCCACAUUCUGUCACAACAGCUGAUUUCAAUGGUGAUCAAAGAACUGAUUUAGCUGUUGCACAUUACGGUGAUAGCACCGUCAGUAUAUUGCUCGCUAACGGCAACGGCACUUUUCAAAGUGAAGUCACAUAUGGCACUGGGUAUUAUCCAUAUUGUGUGACAACAGGUGAUUUCAAUAGUGAUAAUAAAACUGAUUUAGCUGUUGCAAAUUUCGGGGAUAACACCGUCAGUAUACUCCUCGCUGAUGGCGACGGAAUAUUUCAGAGUCAAGUCAAAUAUACCACUGGGAAUUCUCCAUAUUGUGUGACAACAGGUGAUUUCAAUGGUGAUCACAGAACUGAUUUGACUGUUGUAAAUUCCGCUGAGAACACGGUCGGUAUAUUGCUCGGUAACGGCAACGGAAUAUUUCGAAGUCAGAUCACAUAUAGCACUGGAAUUUCUCCAGUCUUUGUCACAACAAGUGAUUUCAAUGGUGAUAACAAAAUUGAUUUAGCGGUUUCAAAUGCCGGUGGCAGUACUGUCAGUAUAAUGCUCGGUAACCGCAACGGAAUAUUACAAGAACAGGUUAAUUACAGCACCGGGGCUCUCCCAUAUUGUGUGACAACAGGUGAUUUUAAUGGUGACAACAGAAGGGAUUUAGCUGUUGCAAACAGCUGGGAUACCACUGUCGGGAUACUGCUCGGUAACGGCGACGGAACAUUUCAAAGUCAAGUCACAUAUGACACUGGGAAGUAUCCAUAUGCUGUGACAACAGGCGAUUUCAAUGGUGAUACCACAACUGAUUUAGCUGUUGCAAAUUCCGGUGGUAAUACCAUCGGUAUAUUGCUCGGUAACGGCGACGGAACAUUUCAAAGUCAAAUCACAUAUGCCACUGGGAAUUCUCCAUAUUCUGUGACAACAAGUGAUUUCAAUGGUGAUCACAUAACUGAUUUAGCUGUUGGAAAUUUCGGUGAUAGCGCCAUCGAGAUAUUCCUUGGAAUUGGCAACGGCACUUUUCAAAGUCAACGCACAUAUGGCACUGGGCGUUUCCCGUUUUCCGUGACAACGGGCGAUUUUAAUGGUGAUCACAGAAGUGACUUAGCUGUGGCAAAUUUCGGUGAUGGCACCGUCGGCAUAUUAUUCGGUAACGACGACCGAACAUUCCAAAGUCAAGUCACAUAUGACACUGGGAAAGCGCCAAUUUCUGUAGCAACAGCUGAUUUCAAUGGUGAUCACAGAACUGAUUUAGUUGUUGCAAAUUCCGGUGAAAAUACUGUCAGUAUAUUGCUCGGUAACAAGUACGGAACGUUUCGAACUCAGGUCAAAUAUCCCACAGGGAAUUCUCCAUAUUCUGUAACAACAGGGGAUUUCAAUGGCGAUAACGGUACUGAUAUAGCUGUUGUAAAUUACGGUGAUAACACCGUCGUUAUAUUUCUUGGUGUGUGUGACUGA